UCUUAGAUCUACUCUAGAUAGCCUGGGCUAAUUCGGGAGAGAGGGCCAUUUUAGGGCCAUUUUAUUCUCAUGUAGCUAGCUAACCUACAUAAUAUCACCCGCCCGUUAAAUCAAACGAUACCCACUGGUCAAGAACAAUAAACCUCUAAAACACUACAAUUCCCGGCAUCCUCUUGUAACAGGAAGCUAUAGUCUAAACCAAUAUCAUGUUUGUUUUAAGAGGCUGCGACCGACGCAUGUCGGGGGAUGUUUAGGGUGUUUUAGGUCUCCCUGAGCCCUAACAUGUGUCCUGGUGACCCUGGUACCACACAUGCGCCCAAGACAAAUAAAGCCAGAGCGACUCAUCAGACUGUAGACAAGGCUUCUGAGGCUAGGGGUCAGCCGGAGAGCAAAACCAGAAGGAUUUAAAGAUCAACUGCAGAGAAUCAAACAGCACAAGAUACUGCUGAGCAGAAUGCGCGCCAACCUAAACAUUGGAAAACCAGGGAGAUGACUUCCAGUAUGAAGGGGCCAAGUAAGAAAGAAGCCAGUCUUUCAAAUCAGGAAAGCGCUCCAAGCCAGCCAUGUCCACCUGGAGUAGCCACUUCUGAGGAUGAUAACAGUGAGGAAGACCUAUACAGAGCUGCAGAGGACCUAGAACAGGAACGGCAGGAAAAGAGCCAGCCACACGCAGCUUCCUUGUUGCCUAAUUCUGAAGAAAAGAGCAGCGUGGCUGCUCCAGAAUGUUUGCUGUCGUAUGCCAGGAGGGAAUGGAAAGGCAACACAGCCAAAAGUCUCCUAAUCAGAAAGGGCUAUGAAGCCACAGCUUGGGUGUUUGAGAGCCUGCGCAGAGUGAGAGGUGAUAACUACUGUGCUCUGAGGGCAACCCUCUUCCAGCUCCUUGGACAGUCCCGCAAGGUGCCGGCAUGGCUGCAGGACCCUGAAAUUCUUAAGUGGCCAAAACAAGUGCAGUGUGUGCAGGAUUUGGUGGCUCAGUGGAGGUUUCCAUUUGGUAGCAGAGAUGGAGAAGGUGGGGCAGUGGAGCGGUUGGAACGCUGUCUAAAACUCUUGAGAUCAAGGUGGCUGGAGGCGGUGGAGUGUGUGCAUCCAGCAGAGAGGGAACGCAUGUGCCAGCAGGUGUUUGAGGGCACCCUCGAUGAGUAUGAGAUGCUGGAGGCUCUCAAGUUCCUCAUGCUGCACACGGCUGUCCAACUGCACGGUGCAAUAUCAAAGGGCUUGCGUGUUCCCGAGUUCUGUUGGCUCCUCUUCGCCCGUGACACCUCCAAAUGCCCAAGGACCUUCUUCACCAACCAUCUCAGGCAUGUGGGCUUCAGCGGUGGACUGGAGCAGGUGGAGAUGUUCCUGCUGGGGUACUCUCUUCAGCAGACAAUCCAGGUCUAUCGCCUCUAUAAGACUGACAGUGAGGAGUUUGUCACGUACUAUCCAGAUGACCACAAGCCAGACUGGCCUUGCCUUAGCCUGGUGACAGAGGAUGACAGGCACUAUAACAUACUUGUGCCCAAGCAGGACAAACAGCUGUACUCCAAAUUUGAUGAGUCUGGCAGGUCUAAAAUGAACCAUCCCUCAGGAAGCCAGGCACAAAAGCAGCAUGUUACUCGUCUGUAGAUCUGACGCGUCCUCUGUUCUCACUGAUGUGAACUGAAAUGCUCAGAAGACCUUAGUCAGGUGAUUUUCCAGUUGUCUGUUAGUGUCUGUAUGGAACUGAAGCCUUUUGAAAACAUUUUAUGUGAUUUAUGUGUUUUAUUAUUCUAUUGUGUAUUGGACUAGUGCAGUAAAACUGGCCUGAAGUUAACCCUUUCUUGGGCCCUGUUAGAAUGGAAUACCAGUGCACAAAUCAGGAGCUACAGUGAACAUGUUUGUAUGAGUUAAUACAUAAUGCAGGUGUGGUCUACUGUGUUACUGUAGGAGAUGUAAUCAGCUUUAUAUCAGAGAAACCAAGAGAAGACUCGCUGAUGGGUUUGUUGAUCUCUUCUGGACCAUCAGAAUUAAGGAUUUGUCAUUUCCAGUGGCAAGGCAUGUUAAAACUAAUGGACACUGCAUCAAUGGCAUAUUUGAAAACAUUGCCAGUUACUGCUAUGGCAACAAUUAAAUUAGGAAACUCUGAGCAAAAGAACUGAUCUGCAGGCUCUGUUUCACCGGAAAACUUGUGUACUUCACUACAAUUGUAUUUAUAUUUAUAUAUAUAUAUAUAUUAUAUAUUAGUAGUAAUUUACAAAGUAAAUGGUUUUGAAUACAUUGCCAAUGUAUUUAAGUGAGAAGGAAUAUUGGGAAAUGUAAAGUAAAUGAUAAUACAUGA